GCUGCUAUCGUUUCAACGAUGGCGGGACAAUGCGAACCAUAGGUUAUUACGGUUUUGCACAUGCAUGUGAGACGGACUGCACUAUAACGUACAAAGUAAUCGCUCCGAUAUAUAUUCAAAAUAGUCGUUGCUCUUUAUUGUGGAAAAAAUCAAGAUUUUUAAAGGAUAAUCAACUCUGGCAGCAAGUUUCUGGCAAAAUUGAAGGAUUGACAUUUUCACAGAGUCAGCUGUUUAGGGGAGUCGAAAUAAAGGUACUUGAUGUUUCAGUUUUUAACCUAUCAAAAUCGAGUAUAAGGCCUGUUUUAUACGUCGAAUUUCGGUCGCGUCGAAUGCUAUUCAAACAAUUGAUAAUAAAGCUUAAUGAGGUUUAUCAUCUCAUCAUCUAUUGUUUUAAUUGCAUUCGACGCGACCAAAAUUCGACGUAUAAAACAGGCCUAAAAAGUGACUAAAAUGUGAUGUUAAUCAUUCAGUCCUGCAAGUUAAUACUGUUACUUUUCUGUCUCGUGAACAGAUUGUGCAUGAAGCUGCGUAAUAUUUUCAGUAUUAUACAAUGCUUGGGAUUAAGCAUCAGGCGGACUCGCUGAUCUGCUCUACCUGAACGUAACUUGUUCAGUUUACUUCUUAAUAAUUGUUUUUUCAUAAUUAAGAUUACACGUGAUGCGUACCUCAAGUGGAGUGGUACAAUUUUGAAAUUAGAAGUGGAAUGCAAAUCUCACAACACAAGUGAACAGCAUUGUGUCUUGAUGAAGUUUUACUCAACUGACAUUCAACCCUCGGUACGGCAUAUAUAUGUUUUAUAUGAUAGGAAUUGCUUAUAUAUAACAGCCGGACUGGCGCGGUUAUAGCGAGAAAGCGCGAUGGGCUUGAUAGCCGGGAUGUAUUUGUCUUGUGUUUAUAUACAUGUGUGAGAAAAUGUCAUCCAUCUGCGCCAUCUCUUUGAACUUUUUUCCGGCUGAUUGGCGAGUGUUGAUAUAUGGAGAACGUUUCAUCCCGGUAAGCGAAAUCUCGUUUUUGUCAAGUGAGAUUUUGGAGCUCAGUUGUCCAUUCCUCUCAGAAAUAUUACCAAUGUUUCCAUCUUUAUGAAAAAAAGUGGAAUAGAAAGCCUUCCUAAAUAAUUGACACACUGUAGUAAUAUUGUCUUACAAUGCACUUUAGUUAGCGUAAUGUCACGACUAAAAAUGUUCCAAUCAAUGCCAAAAUUUGUCUAACUAUAUUGGCUACAAAUAAUCAAGUAUCCGUACAGCAAAAUAUUAAUAAUCAAUUAAUGAACAUUUGCCGCCCACAAAAAUUAAGACUCAGAAGUAAGUGCCCUUUUUUAAUGUAGUUGCUCCCGACGCUUCACGUUAGGGAGUUUUUAAAAGAUCACGAGGACGAAGUGACGAACUACCGACUACGCUUGAAAUAAGUUUUGUUACAUGUAUAUAUGCAAAUACUGAAUGCUUGUCAUAACAAAUUCAUCCCAAAUAUGUUUUUAUGUGCAUGGCUUUGUGUUCGGUAAGUUUCAUCUUUUAAUUUUCACAACGUAGCGUGGUCAGUUUCGGUGCUAUGUUCUUUAUUCUGUUUUCAGUACAUAACAGGAAUGUUGUUUUUGCGCUGUAGCCAAGGUCGCUACGGCCCGUACAGUGAAAAGUAUGCUCUGGGGAUAUGUAAAUUUUGUCUGUCUCAGUUAAAGCAAUGCGAAAACAAGUUUUCAACCGUAAUCCGUACCCGUUCUUCGCUGUCGGCAUCUUAAACUCCCUGUUGUCUCCGGCGCUCCUGCACAGAGAGAUCUCGUUUAGCAGACUGUUCCGCUAGCCGUGUCAGUCCGACUUACACCAUGAUGUUUGCUUUGAUUCGUUGGAUUCCAGCUUUUAUCCAGCUUUUCUUCUGCGAAUUAACAAGUCGCUUUAGGACAUUUUCAUUUAUCUGCGUGCAUGGACGAAAUAGUGAUGUUUAGGGACCUCUUUAAAAAUCCCACUUUACAUUAAAGGCCUCGAAAUACGUUUCACCCGAUUUCUAUAAUUUCAAUAAGUUGAAAUAUUGGUGUCACCGGCCACCUUAAGUGAUCCUAAAGACAAACGGUUGUUGUUGUUUUUUUGAAGAGUCUAAUAUCGGUACCCCGGGACAUUUUGCGGAAAGACACUUUGCCGAAAGACACUUUGCCGAAAGACAUUUUGCCGAACGGACAUUUUGCCGACGGUCAUUUUGCCGAACGGACAGUUUGCCGAAAGGACAGUUCGCCGAAAGGACAACUUGCUGAAAAUAAAGAGGUUAUUUCGUCAAAAUGUUUGGGACUGUGACUCAUUUCUCAACUGUGUAAUUCUCAACCAUUGUGUAAAAUAACCAUAAUGGGUCACUAGCUGUGCAUAAUGGUUGUUAGCAGUGCAUAACCAUAUUGACUAUUGGUAGCUUGUUGGUGCAGCGGAUGACCCAUUUGUUUGGAACGUGUUUUGACGUCAGAUCGUAAACAAACAAGCGUAUAUAAAGACGACGUAAGCGAAUUUCACUUCGAGAAUCAUGGAAUAUACAUUCACAGUUCUCGGGGAAAUCACAUUCAUGAAUGAUGUUGAAUGAUGUUAUUCUUCAUAUCGCGAAUUUUCGGUAAACUUGUCAAAAACUUGAAAGAAUAUAAAACGAAACUAUAUUUCACUAUCAAAGUUUAUGUCAUAAAAAUCGACAAUUAAUGACUUUAAUCACAGAAACUUUGACCGUGUAAGCGAACCUUUAAAGUUCAGAAGAUAUCUCUAUUUUCGGCAAAAUGUCCGUUCGUCAAACUGUCUGUUCGGCAAAAUGUCCAUUCGGCAAAAUGUCCGUUCGGCAAAACGUCCGUUCGGCAAAACGUCCGUCGGCAAAAUGUCCGUUCGGCAAAAUGUCUUUCGGCAAAAUGUCUUUCGGCAAAGUGUCUUUCGGCAAAAUGUCCGGCCACCCUAAUAUCAAUGGACUGAAACGAUAUGAUAGCUAUUUUAUUCAAUAUAAAAAUCUCAGUGAGUCUUCCCUCAAAGUUAGGGACCGGUCAUUAAUAAUGGGAGGGGGGAGGGGCGGUGGGUGAGAAAAGCGGGCGGCUUCAAAUAUUUUUGCCUGAAAUGAAGACGGCCUAGAACUGAAAAAUAUGUGACAAGGGGCGCCCCCAAUUUUUUGAUACUCUCCUGCUCAUUUUCAAUCCCUCACCAUUAUCGUAUCCCACAAAAUAUUUCACCUUUUUUAUUUCCUAUAAUUGUAGUUUCCAUAGUUUAUUGCCUUUAUGCAGUUCACCAAAGGAGUCGAAGUAAAUAACAACCAUUUUAAAUACUGGAAUUAAAUAUUGGAAGGGGGGUUGAAUUUUCUAGAUGAGGGUGGGAGCGUCUUGGAAAUAAAGGUCUUGCGAUUGGAGCGGCUCUAAAAAAGUCCAAUAUUUGGUAUUUAUCACCCACCGCCCCCCUCCCAUUAUUAAUGACCAGUCCUUAUACGUUGGCAUUUUUGGAUCAUUCUGUGUGGUGAAGACGACCCUGUUUCUGUUUUAGCGGCAUAAUCAUCUCUCAUUUGCUCAUUGAGAACAGUUUAUAUAUCUCUUUUUCUCUGGAGCAUUUAUGCAAUAUAGAUGUAAAGUAUUAACUGAGAUAUACUUACUUAUCUGUUUAGUCUCUUACUACAGCGAAUCCAAGCAGUGGUGGUGUUAACUCGGCAAGACUGUACUUUCAGUGGCUGUUGUCAUUGUGUGCUUGUUAUUUGUUGCAACUGUUUUUUCCAUCAUCCUGA